CCGGAGCGGCGGUGGGCGGGAGCAGCCAACUUGCGGGCGGAGGCUGACUCGGCGCGAGACCUCUGCGACCCCAGAGCCCCCGACCCCUGCCCCACGCUGUCCGCUGUUCCUGGCCCUUUCGGUUACUCGCUGCCCCUUAAAAGCUGGAGCCUGGGCACAGGACUGACAGGCGUUGCAGCCAAUGGCGUCGCGCACGAUAAACCUGGUACCCAAUCAAAAGGCGCGGCUGCGAGGGAGCCGGGUGGGAACCACGCCCGACUCCAGGUGACUCCUUGGCAGGGAGGGGAAGGUGUCUCCGUCACCUGAUAAGAUCCCCACCCGGUCUGCUCAUCCGGGCGAGUUAACGGGGACGAAGCUGCGGGAGCGCGCGGGCAGUGGCCAGCUGCGGAAUCCUUGUGUGCUGCAGCCGAGAAGGAGAGUGAUGGAGGAGCAUCAAGAGGCUGGGAAGGAGGGGAAGCCCUCCUCCACAGCAGUGGACCUGCACGGGGACGGCUCCUUACAGGUGGAGAUCUCUGACGCCGUGAGCGAGCGUGACAAGGUGAAAUUCACCGUUCAAACCAAGAGCUGCCUCCCUCACUUCGCCCAGACCGAGUUCUCAGUCGUGCGGCAGCACGAGGAGUUCAUUUGGCUACAUGAUGCCUACGUGGAAAAGGAGGAGUACGCCGGCCUCAUCAUCCCCCCAGCCCCUCCAAGGCCAGACUUUGAAGCUUCGAGAGAAAAGCUGCAGAAGCUGGGUGAGGGGGACAGCUCCAUCACACGGGAAGAGUUUGCCAAAAUGAAGCAGGAGCUAGAAGCGGAGUACCUGGCUAUCUUUAAGAAGACAGUUGCGAUGCACGAAGUCUUUCUGCAGCGCCUGGCAGCCCACCCCACCCUGCGUCGAGACCACAAUUUCUUUGUCUUUUUGGAAUAUGGCCAGGAUCUGAGUGUCCGAGGAAAGAACCGGAAGGAGCUCCUUGGGGGCUUUCUGAGGAAUAUCGUGAAGUCUGCAGAUGAAGCCCUCAUCACUGGCAUGUCAGGGCUCAAGGAGGUGGAUGACUUCUUUGAGCAUGAGAGGACCUUCCUGCUGGAGUACCACACCCGCAUCAGGGAUGCCUGCCUGCGGGCAGACCGAGUCAUGCACUCCCACAAGUGCCUGGCAGAUGACUAUAUCCCGAUCUCGGCUGCACUGAGCAGUCUGGGAACACAGGAAGUCAACCAACUAAAGACGAGCUUCCUCAAAUUGGCAGAGCUCUUUGAACGACUAAGGAAGCUGGAGGGCCGCAUGGCCUCUGACGAGGACCUGAAGCUGUCGGACAUGCUAAGGUACUACAUGCGAGACUCGCAGGCAGCCAAGGACCUGCUGUACCGGCGGCUGCGGGCACUGGCUGACUAUGAGAACGCCAACAAGGCGCUGGACAAGGCGCGCACCAGGAACCGGGAGGUGCGGACCGCCGAGAGCCACCAGCAACUGUGCUGCCAGCGCUUUGAACGCCUCUCCGAUUCAGCCAAGCAGGAGCUCAUGGACUUCAAGUCCCGCCGUGUCUCCUCUUUCCGCAAGAACCUCAUCGAGUUGGCGGAGCUGGAGCUCAAACAUGCCAAGGCCAGCACACUGCUUCUCCGGAACACCCUUGUUGCCCUCAAGGGGGAGCCUUAGAGCAGCCAGAGCCUGCGCUGGGACCUCUAGUGACAAAGUCCCCCAGACCUCCCACCCUAACAAGAUGCCUCCUUCCCCACCACAGCAGCCACUGUCCAUGCCCCGUGACCCCCCAGGGCAAGCCCAAGCCCAAGCCCCAGCCCCACCCAAAGGUGCCAGGCCCUGCAAGAGGGAGAUAGGGCAGCAUGGGCACCAUACUUGGCCACAUGUAAACAGAGCCCCAAUGGGGGAGCCCAGGGGCCCUGACCUCCCUCCCCACGAGGCUGAGGGGCGGCCCUCUGGUCCCUGAGUUCAUUUGUCCCCAGCCUGUUCACAAAUAAAGCACCUGAUUUUAUAGCGAGUAAGUCUGC